AUGUCGGAGUACGACGGCGACAUCGAUAUUCAUGAAGAUCCCCGACCAAACUCCAACGAUGACCAGCAAAGACAAGACAUCUUGGACGGAGCGCCUAAGGACUUGAAAAGAUAUCUCAACUCCAAGAUUAACCUUGGCUUUGGAUCCUUCACCCUCUUGCAGACGCGAAAUUUUUACAACACGGUAUCGACUUCAGAUAAAAGAUUACUUGUGGGGAAAUGGCUUGAGGCUUGUGAGACGAGGAAUGAUGGCUGGUUGUUUCAACGGAAGAAAAUCUUUAAUUUUCUUCAAUGGCCUUUCAAGUGCCCAGGGUGCAAAGUGAAAAAGCUCUCCGGCAACUUCGCACCCAACGAAUUCACCCUUGAGGUGCCUGGAGAUGGGGUUUCUGAACCUGUAUUGAAUAGCAAGGCCUAUUGCAACGGAUGCCCAGCAUUAAGGACCCAGGCUUAG